AUGUCAGCUGUCGCACAUGAAGCAAGCUGCAUUUUUUGCAAGAUCAUCAAAGGAGAAAUUCCCAGUUUCAAAUUGAUUGAGACGAAACAUUCGUUCUCGUUCCUAGACAUUCAGCCAACCGCGGAGGCACACGCGUUGGUCAUUCCAAAAUACCACGGUGCCAAACUGCAUAACUUACCUGAUGAGUAUUUGGCGGACAUCCUACCUGUGACCAAGAAGCUCGUAAAGGCAAUUGGUUUCGACGUGGACGGAAUUGACGGCCCCGGUUACAACGUGCUGCAGAAUAAUGGUAGAAUAGCGCAUCAAGUUGUCGAUCACGUGCAUUUCCAUUUAAUUCCCAAGCGGGACGACAAAACCGGUUUGAUCGUUGGAUGGCCCUCGAUCGAUACAAACAUGGACAAACUUUCACAACUGCGCGACAAGAUUGUUGCCAAGCUUGAAAAGGAGACCUGA